AUGCAAAACCUCAUCGACACGCUCCUCAAGCCAGUGGAUAUGAAAACAAAUUGGUGUGUAGUAGUCUAUAGCAUCCGCGCUGGCCCACCUGAACAUAGCCGUGACCUGAUCGAAGAGCUGCUGUUCCUACUCACGCGCACCCUUCUACCCGAGCAGAUCGUCGAGAAUAGAGGGCUGAUGGCGCGUCUUUACAAUGCGAAGAAACAGCUCGCCAUGCGCCUGGCAUUGCGGUACGAUAUGUUGAGGGAAUGGAAAAUGGAAGCUGGGACGUAUCAUCGUGACCAAGCGGUCACUGUAGCAUCGGAACCACCGCCGGAGCGAGUUAACUUGCCAGCGCCCGCGGCCGUGAGCGAGGAUGUGGAAAGAGGAUUUCCCUUCCGACGUCCCCUCCUGCCGAAUAUCAUACCCACCUUGAUCGCAGCUCCGUCAGGCGGCUUCACGACACACGGCGUACGCGAGCGAAUGAAACACCACGUCACGGACUUAGACGCCUACCUUCUGUUGGAAGACGAAGAGGUGGCAGGGUGGAGCGGCUUGAAGUUAACAACUACCAUAAUUCAAGUUCUUCUGCAUUGGCAGUGGUUGAGGCAAAACAAUGCAGUGCUGGAUGAGAUGGAGGUCCACGGAUGGGAGGACUUGGAAGGCAAGGCCGAUGAGUCGGAGUGGAUUGCUGAGGAUGUGAAGAGGAAUAUUGUGGGUGGAGGAAAGAGGGAGAGGGCGGUGGUUCGAGAGGAAUGA